CCGGGCCACCCAGCCUCCCUCACCCCUCACAGAAAGGUCCUGUCCCCUGUAUUUAAGGGCAGGGGUGGUGCACAGUACUGAAUUAUUUGGCCCUGGCACCAGAUGCCAACUCUUUUUGGCUUGCCUUCACCCACCGAACACUUCGGCGCUUCCCAGGCUGCCAGUCACAGAGGGGGCCAGAGGACAAGGGAAGGGGGAAAUCUUGGCAUUUGGAGCCCAAAGACACCGGGGAGGCUUCAGACAGAAGGAGGAGGAAGGCCUGACUGGAGUCUAGGACAGCUUGGAGUCCAAGUCAGGCCUCCUGGGAACUCACAGCUCUCUCGGAGGAGAAGGCAAAAAGAUAUCUCUCCUUCAAAGACAAGCGCUUCUCCACAGACCCAGGCCCUCAAGAACCCCACCCAGGUGGCCAGGCUGCUGGUGGAGGCCCUGAUCCUUCCCUCUGUCUGGCGGGCUCCAGAGCAACACUGGCUCCUGUUAGCCUUCCUGAAUGCGGGGGUUAGCCCGGCUUGUGCUCUCCUGGGCUCUGCUGGGGACCACACAAGGCCCCAGGCCCCGAGGGCUGCAGCUGGAACGCUCGGCAAGAAUCAAGAAAGCCCAGUUUGGAAAAAGCCCAGGAUUCAACCCCUUCCCCAAGACGCAGAAUCCGGUGUUCUGGGAGCCUCGGGCAAGGACUUCGGACCCUGGAAGAGCGAAUACUGUGUGACAGCUGUUCGGCCCCAGCUCCGCAGGCAGGAGUCGCAGUGCAGAACGCACUUUCGCUCCGGCGAAGGCGCUCUCCUGGGCAGAGGCCGAGGGGAGCAACCCGGCUGCACUCAGAUAGGCAAUCCUGGGUGCCCUCCCCAGGCGCAGGCGCGACCAAACCAGCUCCCGGCGCUCGGCCCCGCCGGGCACCUGGAAAACCUUACAGUUUGUCGCCCCCUGUCGGCCCCCGGCCGGGCUCCGCGGAUUCCCGCGCUGCGGGCUGCACUGGGCGAGGUGGACCGAAGUGGGGUCGCAGGAGAGCGGCCCUCUCAGAAGCACCGGGCUUUCUCGGCCGGACAGCUGCUGACCAGCGCCGAGUGCGAGCACUCAGGACAGCACCGAGAUUGCUAUGUUACUCCUGACAGCCACAGGAAGGUUCUGCUGAUGGCUGCACUUUGAAAGCAGACGCCAUCCUCAUCAUGGGGCUCAGACACUGCAGUGCCAUGACGGUGUCCCUCAGUGCCAUCAACCCCAUGCUCCUGGAGACUUUCCUCAACUGCACCUGUCCCAGGGACACCUGCCCUGUCCCUCUUCCUGAGCUGCACAGAGCAACUGGCUCAGUGCCAGGUAUCAUGCUAAGGAUUUUCUGAGGAGAAUUUCCUGAGCCACCUCAGACAAGUGGGUGCCCAGGCCACUGUGGGUGCCCACCAGCUGUGUCCAGCUAAUAAAAACACUCCUCUGAGUGUCCCUUCCUGCAGCAGUCAGGGAGCACCGAAAACAGUGCUUGAAUAGUUCAUCAUGCCCACAACCCAGGUCAUAAAAGCAGACUGGAAGCUCUGAAUUUCAGAAACAUUGUUCAGGUUUUCUGCAUGUAAAGUAAAGCACCAAAUCUGAAAUAAAAAAUGGAGGUAAGGUGCUUUCAGUUUAAAGAAACAAAACAAAAAACAAAAAACCUUGCUUGGAGAAAGCAUUCCUUCUACACAUGGAAAUAGAAGCUGCCUCCAGAGCCAGUCUUCAGCAGAAAGGACAGUUUCAGAGCCACGGCUUUUCCAUGUUGGCCUGGCUGGAAGUCACAGCAGCCCUGGACAGGAGGGAGUCAACUGCUCAGGGAGGCUGAGAAGGCCCACAGGUGGCUUCAGAAACACAUCAGUCUUUGAUCAAGUGCUUGUCACCUGGCUUUGGGGGACAUACGCAAACAGAGUGGGGGAUGCCAAUAUGGAUGUUCAGUCCCUUCAGGACUAAACACAGCAGUGUUUAGCUUUGCCCAGGAACUGAAGAUAGUACAGCAGCUGCCCACACUGGUAUCAUCCUGCCCUACACUGAUUGGCUCCUUCCUGGCCUUGAUAGUGGGAAUUGAGGCUCACUGCAGGGCAUCAAGCUAAGGGUCUGCACAUAUCAUCUUGCUGCAGAACCCACAGCCACCCUUGCAAGGUAAGCUAACACAGAGUGGACCCAUUGUACAGGUGUGGAAACAGAGGCCAUGGAUGACAGAUAUUUCUGGCCACAUCAAUCAGGAAGUUGCUGAGCAGGAUCUAAACCAGGCAUCUGGCACUGGGUGCAUAGGCACAUACUUGUAAUCCUAGGACUCUGGGAAGCUGAAACAGAAGGAACACAUGUUCAAGCCCAGCCUGGGCAAGGGAAAUACUCAGACCCUACCUCAAAACACAAAAUUAAAAAGGCUUGGGGUGUAGUUCUGUGCAAAGGGCACGUUUAUUCCUUCUGCUACCCAGGAGAUGAAAAACCUGGGACAUGGACACUCUCCUCAAUUCAGUAAACUUCAAGGCUGCUUUAGGAGUUAAUAUGUAGCCCUCUUAGGAUUUCCCAAGACUGGCUCAUGACUCAUGAAUAGCCAUGCUCACUAGUGCCCCCAGCAGGAGGCAUCUGGUAGGAGGACAGGUAAUGUUGUGGGGGCGUUCUCAAAAAUACUAUUUGGUACUGGUGACUUUUGGAGGAAAUUUAUGAAGUGAGGACCUAGUAUAAUUUAAAGAUUGCACUUAUCCACCCAUUACAUUUUUUUCUGGUCCCGGUGAUGGAGCCCAGGAUUUGUGCCUGCUACACCCCCUUUUUAUUACAUUUAACAUCUGGGGUUCCAUGGAUGGGCUACAGAUCCAUACACCCUCUAAAACUAUUUGGAAAUUUCUGCCUCUUGCAUUUUCUAGGGAGACCAUCCUUUGGUUUCAUCAUAUUUUCAAAGGAUUGAACUAAAACAUUUCUAAAAUCAUUGCUGUCUUUGUUAUUCAACCUCAGGCAUAAAUAAAAGUUUAUUGUGCAAUAGGCUACUUAGUGUCAAAUAAAAAUCACUUAGAGCAGCACAAUAAGCUUUACUCUGUUCUCUGCCAGGAGUUAAUUUAGCAUUUUGGGAAAGGCACUGAACUUGGAACCAGAAGACCUCAGUUCUUACACGGGCUAGGCCGGUGACCAGCUGUGUAUCCCAGGGCAAGGCCUGCAUUGCUUCAAAGUCCCAGCAGGCUUAGCUUGCAGAAGGGGCAGAACAAGAUAUUUGCCCAGCCUGCUGAACUCACUGACUCGGUUGUGGGUUUAAAACAUGUAAGAUUGUCUUGUAGACGUUCCUGAACCCUAGGAAGUGUCCAGUGUGUACACACAACGGUUUCCUAAGCUUUAGAAGGACCAGUGCUCUUCUCACCUGGCCAGAUGCCCAAAGGGCCUCCCAGGUCCAUGAAAGGUGCAGAGAGAGUGAUAGGAAAGGUGGGUGCUUGCCCUUUCCUAUCAUGGAAGCUGGAAAAUUGGGCUGUUUUCUCAGGUUGCAAAGACCUGGACUCUGGAUCAGCCCUGAACACUGCGAGAAGCGGCAGUGUCGAGAAAGACACUCACUGCAGAUGGAGCCAGUGACGGUGGGUGUGGAGGAGCACAGAGCUGUAGGAGGAGCAGGGUAACCACCCGAGCUCUUGGCCUAACCUUGUCCGGAUUGCUAACCAAAUAUAACUAUAGCUAGCAAACCCGGGGUCCUCUUGGCGACCUCAAACCGCCCCCACCCCAAUUAACUAUCUGUGUCUGUUACUUCUGACGGUCCUAACCGCCAGUGACCGCACAGCCCCGCUGAAGAACCAGCUCCUCCCCACCCCGCGAUGCUCUUUGGGAGCCUCUAUUUGAAAUAAUUUAUAUGCUUUGGUCUGGUGGCUUUGUAUCGCUGAGCAUAAUGACUGUUUCUAUUUAAUUUUCAGAUGCUUAAUUACAGUGGAACACUUCAACACCAUUAAAUUAAAACAAGCUACUAGCUUGUUCUUGAUUGUGGCCUGGCGUGCUUCCAAAUGACGUUUGCAGCAAUAUCAGAUAUUUAAUUCAGAACACACAUUUUUGCUCACUUCAGGAAAAAAGGAGGAAAGGCCUGGCACAAGUCUGCUUGUAAGCUAGGAACCUUUCGACGAGGGAAGGAGUUUGGGUGGCAUGUCUCAUCUGCUAAUGAGUGUUUAGUGUUUUGUGGAGCCCAGAGUCCCUCAUCUUGGAGUACAAUGAUUUUCCAAUUUGGUUUUCAUAAGGACUGCUUAUAUUACAUUUUGUGAAAACUAAUGAAAUUACGUAUUUCUUGUAAUCAUGGUCUUAUUUACACUACCAUGUGACCAAGCCUAUUAUUUGGACUUGGCAAGUGAGCAGACAUGCCCUCAACCCCCAGCUUUUUGGUGUGGAAAGCAAGCUUUUUAGGUGCCAGAAAACCCUGCGACACAGGUACGUGGGCUUGAAGGGAGCGGAAGGCAACCCAAGGCCUGUAAGAUAAUAUUCUUUGGGAAUGGAUGUUAGGAAUUAGUUUGUGUCUUUACAACAUCAGUCAUAUGGGUAUUGUUUGCCUCUGACAGUUUUUCUUUUAAGAUUAAUGUGCUUAUGAAAACCUUGUGCGUUCCUCUACGAGGCAAGCUUGAAAUCCAUCAGCAUUACCAUCGGAAUGACACAAUACUGGGAGAGCAAACCAAAUGACAAACAGAAUCUGGUUUUCAGAGGCCAGUGUGUGUUGGAGAGAAAUGAUCUGAAGCCGAAUCUGGCCCCCUUCCAGAAAUUCCUCCCGCCACGCAGUUGGCGCGGCCCGCAGAGGGCAGGGGAGCACAGAGGGGGAGACAGGACCGCAGGAGGGGGAGGCAGGCGAGGGAGUGUGAUGGAUCGAAAGCUCCAGUCUUUGUAGCGAACAAUAGUCAUAUGUAAAACCAAGUCAUGGAAAUAACGUUUUUUUAAAAAAAAGAGAGAGAAAGAAAACUGUGAAAAAUGGAGCUUUUUCUGGAUCAUUAGGCAAAGUCAUUUUUAACAUCACCCAUCACCGUUUGGCCUGCAGUUGGUGGUGUCCAGUUGAAAUACGUAUUGGGAAAGUUCAGCAUCUGCUUGGAUUUGUGUAGGGGGAAUGGUAGAGGGGCAGUGGCUCACCAGGUGAGGCACAGAGGACCUCAGCAGCCAGAAGAGCCCCUCUUUGCAGAUUGCAGAAGGAAACACGGCUUGGUCUCCAGGCCAAGAGGAAACCAAAGUGAUACUCGGCUUAAGAAAUCAGGCUGGGAGCUGUGGCAGCCAGAGACACACGUCAGGCGAUUGCAAGGGGUCCGGGGCCGACAACUGAACCAGUUGCACAAUGAUGCCAGGUCGGGGGACAGAGCGAGGGCAGGAGGUGUUGGAGGGGCCCUGGCUGAAGCCCCCAGAGCUGAGGAGGAUGGGGGCUCUCACAUUCCUGCCCCCAUCAUGCUGGCCCCCAACUUUCCCGCUUUCAGAUAGUUUCACAGUGGCUUGGAGGGUGGGUGGCCAGGAACAGACGAGAACUGCACUUGAGCAUUUCCUGGAUCUGUGACAUUUUUGAGUCCAAAUCACUUCCAAACACAAUGGCCCAGUGCUGCCUGCAUCGAGUGCACAUCCAGACUUCAUGAGGCUUCACAGAACUCAAGGCCCAGGUUGCCAGCACAGCCGGCCAAGAAGCCAUCCUCCCUGGGCAGCUGGGAAAUCACAGUGUGCAGAACACUCCAAAACAAAGGGUGUCGCCCCCUGUCUGCCUGGAAGAGACUGCAGAAGACUUUGAGCUGCCUGGGACUCAUUCUUAGACAUCUGCUCUGGGAGCCCCUGCUCAGAGCCAGGCCUGGGAGGUAGGGUACGCGCAAUGCAGGCGGCAGCCCAGACCGGGAUUCCCAGAAUCUCUGCUGCUUUCCAAGAAGCGGGUGAGACCUAGAGGCUGAGGUUGCCGGGACCUGCAGGUCUCUGAGAGGUUUUGGUCCUCUUUCCUCCUGACGCCUGACACCCUGGUACCUUUAGUGGGUGGCUUUUUCCCCUGUUCUGGAGAGGGGUUCACGUGCAGAAGCUGUCCUUGUGUACCCGCUUUCUCUAGGGGACAGUGGUUCUUCUGGGGGCAAUUUCACUGCUGAGGUGGCCUCGGCAGAACCAGCUCAUAGGAAGCAGCCUGCAGGAUGGGGUAAAGUCUCUAUCAAGCUCUUUCUUUUGAUAUACACAUGUCCACCAGGAAGGGCAGGUGCAGCGGGGUACAGUGUUCCAGCCUCACUUCCACGCUGUCUCCCAGAAGGGCGCUAGCAGCCUAGCACUUUCGCUUCACAUCAACCAAUGGAGUCUUGUGAAACAAAAGGGGCACAGGGAGGAAUUUGUGGGCUACUGGGUUUUUAGCUUACUGCAGACGUCAUCUAUGGCCAGAACAUGAGUUUGUCUAAGAAUAAAGCUCAAACUCUUUGACAAGUAAAUAAACGGAGUGUAUUUGGAAGGCCCAAGUGACUUUCUCAUGACAGUGGUGUGGAUGUACAUCUGUUUUGAGGACCUAAGGCCCUUUAGGAUUCUUUCACUUCCACUGAAUACAUCUUGUUUCUUUUCCCCUCCCCAUAAGGUUGUACCAUAAGCCAGCAUUGCUUCCAUUGCGCCAGAGUUUCAGAAAAGACUGUGCACCACACAGGUCUUUGGGGUGACCAUGGCAACCAUCUUUUUCCUGACACAUGGUACCCAUGGACAAUCCCUGGGAGAGGGUUACUCACCCAGUCCAUCCCCAGGGGCCCCCAAGUCUCAGUGCCUGCUAACAGCCACGAGAGGCACAAACCCAGUGGUGCUCAAGGGCACUGAAACAUGGCUCAUGGGAGGGAAGAGGCAGCCCAGAGAGGCGCUAGGGAUGCCUCAGAGGACUUGAAAGUAAGCAGCCCAUUCCCGAAUGAAGUUCUCUUAGAAGGACUUUAUCCCACCACCAGCACUGAGCAAGUCUGGGGGACCAGAGGCUGCUUGCAGGAAAGUCCACAUAGCAGAGCCCAUGGCAAAGAGCCCACGGUAAAGAGCCCCAACUGUCUAACUAUAGGAAGCCACUUAAACUGUGGCACAGGCACAUGAUGGCAUCACCCACAGCCAAGAUAAAAUGAUGUCAGGUAGCUAGUGCACAGGGAAGCAUCAGAGCAGAACUCACUUGGGAGGACAGAGAGGGUUGACCAGGAAGAGGCCUGAGGACCUGCAGGUUGGUAGUAAUGCUCUGCCCCUCAGGCUGUACUACACCACUGUGUGCAUUUGUCAAAACUCUGCAUGUUUCAUUCAAGAUAUGGGUACUUCACUGUAUAUAAAUUUUCCUUACACCAGAGACCAUCAGCAAUUACUGAGCUCCAGUUAAUUAUAUGCAUGAUGAAGUGUUUUGGGGUGAAGUAUAUCAGUGUCUGCAAGUUAAUUGGUAUUGUAGUCUAAUGUUCAUGUUCCCCUCAAGUUUGUCCAUUGAAACCUAGUCCCCAGUGUGAUGGUAUUGGACAGUAGGACAUUUGGGAGGUAACCAGGUCACAGGGACUCUGACCUCAGGAAUGGGAUCAGUGUUCUCCCCUCCAGAAGAAACAUCAGAGAGCCAGCAAGCCCUCGUCCACGGGAGGACACAGCCAGAAGUCACCAGCAGGGAACCAGAAAGAGGAUCCUCACCAGACACUGAGUCUGGGAGCACUGUCAUCUUGGACUUCUCUGCUUUAGAACUGGAAGAAAUAAGUGUCUGUUCCUUAGAGCUACCCAGCCUGUGUUAUUUUUUUAUAGCAACCCAAAUAGACUAGGACUCUAGGAAUCUGUCCUUUAAAAGUAGAUCAAUGUGUAAAUUCUACCCUCACCACAGCUGUUCAACACAGUACUUGAAACUUUAUCUAACCAACUGGGCAAGAGAAAGAAAUAAAAGGGGUACGAACAGGAAAAAAAGAAGUCAAACUAUCCUUAUUUGUAGGUGAAUUGAUCCUCUACACAGGAGACCCAAAAUAUCUCUGCCAGAAAACUCUAAGAACUAAUAAAUAAAUUCAGUGGCAGGAUACAGAGUCAAUACAUGAAAGUCAGAAGUAGUCCCGCACACCAGCAAUGAACCCACCAAGAAAGAAAUAAGGGGUAAAAAUCUCAUGUAACAUAGCUUCCCCCCAAAAAAAUAAAAUGUCUGGGAAUUAACCUAACCAAGGGAAUAAAAGACCACUGUAAUGAAAACUACAGUGCUAUGCAAAAAGAAAUCGAAGAGGACCCUAGAAUAGGGAAAGAAAUUCCUUUUCCUGGAUAGGCAGAACUAAUAUCAUCAAAUUGGCCAUACCCCCCAAAAUGAUACAGAUUUAAUGCAGCUCCAGUCAAAAUAUCAUCAUCAUUCUUUCCACAGAACUAGAAAAGAGAGGUUGGGGGAUAGAGCUCAGCAACACAGCCCCUGCCUGGAAAGCUAGAGGUAUUGAGUUCGAUUCCCA